AUUUCCUAAGUCAUAGACACAAAAUUCGAUGUGGGGUUUCGUUGGUUGGGUUUUUCUUUUCUACAUGUUUACUUCAGAGUAAGUUUGGUGUGAUUUCCAUUACUGUGUUCGUUGCCUGAGAGCUUUCAUUAUGCCCUUCAACUUUCCGUGACUUUCAAGGCUUCCAAAAUGAUUUUUAUUUUAUUUUUUUGGGGUGGGGUUAAUUUUUAUCUAUUAUAUACUUCUAAAGUUUUAAUGUUUUUUUUUUCUCCUUUCUGAAUUUAGCGUUUGGUGGAAGAAUUUUCAAAAUUUUGCUCUUAUUUAUCUAUAUAAAUGGGUCUAUGAUUAUGGAGUGCUUGGAUCAGAAGAGUGGUUAGGGUUUUGGGUUGGUCUUUUGUGAAGCUUGAGAUCAGGAAUUGAAUUUUGGAGGUCCUGACAAUGGCAAUGAAUUCUUCCAAUGGACAUCACCAAGCAACAACAAAGCAACCUCCUUUGCCAUCUCCCUUGCGUUUUUCCAAAUUCUUUCAGUCCAACAUGAGAAUCUUGGUUACUGGAGGAGCUGGAUUCAUUGGGUCUCAUCUUGUUGAUAGAUUGAUGGAAAAUGAAAAAAAUGAGGUCAUUGUUGCUGAUAACUACUUCACUGGAUCCAAGGACAAUCUCAAGAAAUGGAUUGGUCAUCCAAGAUUUGAGCUUAUCCGUCAUGAUGUCACGGAGCCUUUGUUGAUUGAGGUUGAUCAGAUCUACCAUCUUGCUUGCCCUGCUUCUCCUAUUUUCUACAAAUAUAAUCCAGUAAAGACAAUAAAGACAAAUGUGAUUGGCACACUAAACAUGCUUGGGCUAGCCAAGCGAGUAGGAGCAAGGAUUUUGCUUACAUCAACUUCAGAGGUAUAUGGGGAUCCUCUUGUGCAUCCCCAACCUGAAAGCUAUUGGGGCAAUGUUAAUCCUAUUGGAGUUCGUAGUUGCUAUGAUGAGGGGAAACGUGUGGCUGAGACUUUGAUGUUUGAUUAUCAUAGGCAGCAUGGGCUUGAAAUACGCAUUGCAAGAAUCUUUAACACAUAUGGACCGCGCAUGAAUAUUGAUGAUGGGCGAGUUGUUAGCAACUUCAUUGCUCAAGCACUUCGUGGUGAACCCUUGACAGUCCAAUCUCCGGGAACACAAACUCGAAGUUUCUGCUAUGUCUCUGACCUGGUUGAUGGCCUUAUCCGUCUCAUGGAAGGACCAAACACCGGGCCAAUCAACCUUGGAAACCCAGGUGAAUUUACAAUGAUUGAACUUGCUGAGACAGUGAAAGAGCUUAUUAAUCCAAAUGUGGAGAUAAAGAUGGUGGAGAACACUCCAGAUGAUCCUAGGCAAAGAAAACCAGACAUAACAAAUGCAAAGGAAUUGUUGGGCUGGGAACCUAAGGUCAAGUUGAAGGACGGUCUUCCUCUUAUGGAAGAGGAUUUCCGUCUGAGGCUUGGAGUUGACAAAAAUAGUUCAUAAAUGGGAUGAGUCUGUCUGUUUUCAAAUUUUUCAUUCUUCGUAGUUAUGUAUACUGAGGAAGUCGAGGUGCCUGAAAUUUGGCUUCUGGAAGUUAUCACAUUGUUAAAUAUCUUGCUCUUUGUUUGGCAAAAGACUAUAUAGCAUGUAACUCCAAAUUUUCGCCGGUGGAAAUGGUGAUUGAAAUGAAAUUUCUU